AUGAGGUCAAAAGUAACCCUUGUGAUGGAUGGACGAGUGGGUGGAGAAAGGGUAGAAGUGUAUUUGCAGGAACUGACAUGGGCACUUUUGGUUAGGGUCAAGAGUGGGCAGAGAGGGAAGAAAGAGGUUGAAGAUGAUGUAACUCGUAGGGUGGGGUUGACUUGCUCUGAAGGAGAACCAAUUUCAUGGCUUAAAGGCUCUUUGAUGUUUGCUCAAUAUGGCAAAGCAGUAUCUCUGUUGCAUUUGCCAACCCUUGGCAUUUCUGUUAGUGUUUACAUGCUAUCAUGGGAAUAUGCUGCUUGCAAUAUUAGAAUCGGGAAACUCCAUACCAGCUAUGACAAUCUUCAAAAUGAAGUGGAGAAACCUUACUUGAGAUUUUAA